AUGGAACAAACCGCUAGCAAUGACCAGGGAGCAGACUCCCUAUCAAAGUACAAAAAGUAUGAGAUUCAUGAAGGAAUUGUAUUUUGCAUUGAGCUCUCGAAGGCAAUGUUCGAGAAACCUGCAGAUUUGGACAAAAUUCAACUUAUUGAGAUCUUAGAGACUCUUCUAGAGCUUAUGUCCCAGGUAAUUAUUACGCUGCCAGGUACAGGAAUUGGAUGCUUUUUCUAUCAUUGUAAUCAUGAAAAUGCUCGCGAAAGCAUUUACGAGUUCUUGCCUCUGCUGGACGUCAAUGUAAGGGCAAUGAAGAAACUCAACGAUUUACUUGAAGACGUCAGAGCAGGGAACACCACGAUUGAAAAAAAAUUUCCGCUAGAUCCUGAUCAAGGAUCUUCGUUAGAGACCGUUUUUGUGCUGCUGCAAGAACAAUUUCUGCGGCAAGUGCCGGGCCAGAGGGCCUACAACAACAGGAAAAUAUUUCUAUUCACCGACAACGACAAGCCUGAAGAAGCUAGCGAUCCUGGAGCUCAUCAGCGACUUCGAAAAGUGAUUGACGAUUUGGAUGACUCGUAUAUUAACUUCACAACUUUCUUCAUUGGUUCCGAACAGAAACCAUUUGACCAAACCUUUUACAGUGACGUGCUGAAAUUCGGCUCCAAGGAAAAGGUUCUUGAUACAGGCUACACGUUUGACGGUCCAAGUACCGCUCCCAUAUCCGCCAACUGGAUCAAAGCUCGUGCCUUGCGGAAAAAAGAGAUCAAAAGAAUUCGAUUUCAAUGUCCUUUUAUUCUCGAUGAAGCAACCGACUUUGUCGUAUCCGUAAAGGGCUACACCGUUAUAUCGCACGAGAGGGCAGGAACCAAGUACAAGCAAGUAUACGACAAUAAUGGCCUACGCAAAGAAGUCCGUUCGCGGCGCAAAUAUUUGAACGCCAAUACUGGCGAAGACGUAACCAGCCAAACUGCUAAAGUUUACAAGUUUGCAGAAGUUGAUAUCGAGCUUUCCGAUGAAGAACUUUCCAAAAUCAGCAAAGACUUCUCGGAGCACCAGUCAUUUUUAAAGCUGGUAGGGUUCAGAAGUUCGUCCAAAUGUUUGUUUUUCCACAAUACUAUCUCGAGCAGUUCGUUUCUGGUCCCAGAUGAGACGAAGUAUGAGGGCUCGCUCAGAACUCUAGCAUCCCUCCACCGAAGUCUCUCAAAAAAAUUCAAAUGUGCCAUUGUGUGGGGCAAACUUAAGAGUAACUCUCACCCGUCUAUAUAUGUCCUGAGUCCCUCUACUCCGCGGGAUCAGAACGAAGGUUUUUACCUGACGAGGAUACCAUUUGCAGACGAGACAAGGAAAUUCCCCUCUCUGCCAGAGUAUGAAGGGAUUUCCAGCGGCAAAGAAUAUGAGCAGAUGUGCAAAAUCUCAGAAACCUUGAUUACUUACUUUAGUUUGCGCCUCCCCUACAAGCCGUCCGACUUUCGAAACCCAACUUUGAACAAGCAUUUCCAACUCUUACACGAUUACCUUCUGCAAAUAGAAGUGGAAGUUAACCCAGACAAGAAAGAGCAACUACUAAGCGAAGAUGACACCUUAGUAAAGCUACACCAGGUGCGAGAGAAAAUAUUAGAGUCGGCGAGCUCGACUGAACCAGCUCAAGCAAGGCUCAGUAACUACCUGAAAGCUUGGAACAGCAUCUACAAUAAGGAGUACAAUAAGGAGCUAGAACCGAUAGAGAGCUCGAAAAAGGUCAAGAAAAAUUAG